CCGCCGCCGCCGCCGCCUCCUCCCUCUCCGGCGGAGGCAGAGGCUGCUGCUGCUGCUGCUGCUGCGCGCCCCGGUCCGGUCCGAUCGCCCGCCCGGAGAGCUCCCCGCACCGGCCGUGCGCCCUCCUCGCCCGCCGCCCGCCCCGGGAGAGAGAUGGCCGGGAGGCGCCCCCGCCUGCUCGCCCUCCUCCUGCUCCUCCUCGCCGUCGCCCUGAGCGGCCGAGGAUAUGCCGAUGACUCGGGCUUCGAUCUAGCAGAUGCGCUGGAUGACUUGGUUCCGACAAAGAGGCCUACUCACAAGCCACCCAGGAAGCCUUCGGGUGGGACAGGUGAACUUGACCUGUUGGAUUACUUUGAUUCCCCACCGGAGAGAACCACCAGGCCUGCGAAGGCCACCACUGGCCCUUAUCCAAGGAAACCAGAUGACGGCCGCUGGAACAUACCCCAUACCACCACCACCAAGCAGCCCAAAACUACCAAGCCUCCCCCCAAAAAGACUCCAGCGAAAGAUCCGAUGGAUUUAGACUUAUCCGAUGCUUUAGAUGACCGAAAUGACAGACACCCUGGCGGCAGGCCGACUAAAGGAAACCCUGGUGGAGGAAUUUCUGAUGCUGACCUGAUUGGUAUCGUGGAUGAAGGAGGCUAUCAGCCAGAUAAGAAAAAAGGAGAUGGUGACACGGAUUACAAUAAUGGUGCCCUGGUGGAGACUGGGACAAUUGCUGGUAUUGUUAGUGGCCUGGCCAUGGCCUUGAUUGGUGCUGUCAGCAGCUAUAUCUCCUACCAGCAAAAGAAAUUCUGCUUCAGCAUACAACAGGGUCUGAAUGCGGAGUACGUCAAAGGAGAAAACAUGGAAGCGGUGGUGACUGAAGAGCCACAAGUGAAAUACUCCGUCCUAGAACCACAGACAGCAGAAGCUCCGCCGCCGCAAGAAAACGCAAAAGUCUGAAUCUCGGAUGUCUGGCUUAAAAAGAAGCAAUUGUUGGCAAAAAAAAAAAAAAAAGACACAUCACCCACAUACACGCACACAAACACGCACGCACACACACACACACACAAAACACCCCUCUCACAUAUUUGUAAUUUAGCUUUUACGAACGUUUAAUUUGGAUCCAAAGCUAUUUAAUGUGCAUUCCCCUGACUAGGGCAGGCUUAUUAUUAUUAUUAUUAUUGUGGUAGGCUGUAGACUGGUUGGAAAAUGUUAUUUCGGGUUUGAGUUUGUCGUGAAGAGUCGUGGGUUUACAUUGCCGUGGGUCACGUAGGAGCAUUGGUCCGGUUGAAUGCUAAACGCAACGGUCCUUCCAAGUGGUGUUCCGUAGUAGUGAUAGAGACAUUCAUGAAUGACAUUUUGGUGGGGCAGGGUGGCGGGGAGAGAGACGGCGGUCAAGGCGGCAGUUGACAGGCGUGCUGAGACCAACUGAAGUGCCCGUAAAUGACCGAUCCAAAGUAGACCAUGUGGAAAUGGGGGGACCAGCCCUUUCUGAAAAGGGUUUCAGCCAAAUCUCAGCUGCUGGUGGGACUUCCACUGAGAGCGGCCUUUCUUGAGGGCCUGGUGACCUCUUUGCAGUAGCUACACCUCGACCGGUGCGACAGCUGUUAAUUGGCCAGGCCAAGAAGAGGCUGUUGCCCCAUAGGGCUGGGCUUUAUUUCAGCUACGAACUGUCUUUCGGUUCUAGUUUUUUCGAGGAAGACCAGGGACCUGUUUGAAAGUAGAACCUGGACCUCACCUGCUAUGCUGCUGUGCUGACCACUGAGAAGGGUUUUUUCCUGUUCACCUCCAUACAUUUGGACAGAAUGCAUGGGCUGCAGGCUUCCUAGCUGUUUGCUCCAGCUUUGCAGAGGGCUCCAGGACCUGGAUUUUAAGGACUGCAGGAACAGCUCAAGGGGGUGUGCUGUGUGCAAAAGGGUUCCCGCUGGGGGGGGGGGGUGAUUCAUUUGCACACCUCCCACCAAUCUUGCCCCCUGCACUCCAGAUAAAAAGGAAGGCAUCCAGAUGAGUAUAGAAUUAACGGGCUAAAAACCAGCAAAGGGAUGAGGUUUUGGUUCAGGGAACACAAGGGAUGAAAUAUAAUGGACAGUAUUGAUUAUUAUGAAAUGUUACACCUUCAGGUUUUCAAGGCCCGGUUUCUCCAACGUUCUCCAGCAGGCAGCAUUUCUGUGUCAGUAUUUUAUGGCCCAUCACCGCCUCCUGCUAAUUCAUACUUGGGGCCUGGUGUUCCCCAAGGUCUCGAUCCGAGCUCAACCAGUUUGUGGACAACCAUGUUUAUUCUGCAGCCCAGCGUUUGAAGGCCCUUGUCAAGGAGAGAAGAAUAUGCAGCCUGCUUAAAUGUUAUUUAGAUGACGGGCCUUUGAGCUGUUUCCCUGGAUGGAACUGGACUUAACAACCCCCUUCCAUACAUGGGAGUGAUUCUCCUGUCAGGUGGAAGCCACCCUUCCCUUGGUGUCCCUUGGUAUCUUGGCCCAGCAGAAAGCCUCAGCUGUUCCUCCUGGGGAGGCCCUGAGAAGGAAGACCAUUUGCAGGGUUUCCUCUGGAGCUGGGCUGCAGGCACAGAUGGGUUGUCCUCGGUGGGAAUUCUCUUGUCGGCCCAACUCUCGGGAUUUUCCCCACUUCCAACAGCUGGUAAGGUACAAGGGAGCUUUGCCAUCUGUGGGGAGGGGAGGCAAUCCCUUGGGGCAGGACGAUACGGCAAUUGCGUCCAUUCCUCCACCCUGUUCAUCUCAUACAGCAGCUUGGCUGUUCUUCCCAUCGUGCCUAUGCAGUUGACAAGAAACCACCAGGGAAGACUAAGGAUAGUGCUGGGAUACCUGCUAGCUGAUGUCCUUCAUGCUCUCCCUUUUGGUUGGUUCAUAGAUGGGAAGGUGAGGACCACAUGGCCUGCACAGCGGUGUAAAAAUGCUUCUGGUAGAAGGCCAGGAUAUUCACAGAAGGAGGCCACGCGGCUGCCCGUUUUCACUCUUUCCCCCAAGCAAAACUUGGUCCCUGGUAUUUCUUAAAUUUAGCUGGAUCCCAGUUAUUUUUAUCUUGCAACAGGGGCAGCAGAGGACAUUAAACAAAGGGGCUUUCUAGCCCUGUUUUUGGGAAAAGUUCUGCUACUACUACUACAGGUGUUAGCUCAGAGGAACAGCAGCCAGCCCUGUGUUGUGGAGCUGAGCAAGAAACAAGCUUAAAGGUUGGCCCACGUUGGUCACUCUUAACCUAAAGCCUGUUAGCCGUGCAUUUCACCAUUGUAGCAAGGUAUACAUUUUCACAUGCAAGGUUAGAGUAUUUUUUUUUCCUCUUUAGUGCAUGUAUCGGUCCAUAUUAUGUAUUACACGGUGUUGGGGGAAAAAUGCAGGUGAAAUGCCUAAUUCAGAUUUCAUUCACCAACUGAUCCGGUGUGAUAUUUGUAGGGGAUUUUUCUGGUAGGUUUUGGCAUGGGAAUUUGGAAGCAUCGGAGCUGGGCGGGGGCAGUCUGCACGUCUGGUCAAAAAUGUCCAGGUGGCGGCCACAAUACUCAAGAAUGAGCAGAGCUUCAAGCGUGCUGACAUGGCCGCCAUGUUUACUUUUUUUGACCACAUCCUGUGGACCCACCAGGUCAAAGCCCUCAUUCAAGUGAGGGAGAUUGGCAUGUGGAACUUUCUGUUUGGAGAUGCUGCUGUGCAUCAUGGAAGUGUCUUGAGUAAAUCUCCUAAUGUAAGGGGUGCUACCAGCUGUAUCCAUAGGGGCUUAAGGAAAUCGCUUGAAAUUUUGCCCUGAGACCCCCAUCUUUAUCCAUGAUGGAGGUAAGUCCCACUGAUUUCAGUGGAAGGCCAACAGGAGGCAGUUAAAAAUGCUAGCCCAGAAGUCUGUUGUCAACUGUGGGAAUUCCUUCUGCUCUGUUCUGGCUUGGUAAUUUGCAGUUCAUAAGCAUUAUAAGACCUUUAAAGGAAUAAUGUAUAUUGUGGAUGUACUAAAUUCUCAUAUUGCUUUAUUCCUCUCCCCAAUGUUCUAAUUCCAUUGUUGGCUUGAGACUUAAACCAGGACUUGGGGGCCAAGGGGGGGGGGGAAUCAAAGGAGGAUUGCAGCUUGCUUAAGGAAGUCACUGAAAUGACUUCUUCUUGGUGGGACUCUGCUAUGAAGGACUCACAGUUUGAUUAAGAACUAGUUAGGAAAGUGGUUUUGAAGGUUCCUCACAUUUGAGGUGGCUCUAGAUACUGGAGAGCAAGGUCUUGACUUGUGUUUCUGUUUUCUAAAUUCAGUAGAGCAGAGUGUUCAGGUGAGCUAAACCACACAGAUGAAUCUACAUAACUGCUUAUUCCCAACUACUUUUUAAGCUCUCUCUUGACAAAGGUAGUCAAGUACAUCAAACAUUAGACUAGGGUACAGUGGUGCAUCUUUCAAUAAAUGGUGGGCAAAUGGUGAGUCUACUUGGACUAGAAAUCAUUUUCUCACAUAGAUGAAGUUUCUUUCUUCCUUCCUUUGGCCAAUUAUGGGGAAAUGUUACUGUAGAUGUAAAUUGUCUGUUUUGUUGUCUUUCUAUUACUGUCCUGCCACUGAUCUGCAUCUUGAAAUGCUGUGUAUUGGGGGAGUUUAAAUAACCCGCUACCCACCUAGAUGUUUGAAAGACGUAUGUAUUUCAGAUUCCAUGAACAAAACCCCCCAAGCGUUACAUUAAGAAAAGCGACCAGGCUUUCAAGAUGUGGCAGUGGAUGAACCUCAGAGGUACUUCCUUUCCCCAAAGUCUUUUUAUAUGAAUUUGGUAAAUGGUUAUGCCUUAAUGUAAAUUUUAGAUAGUCCAGCAAAAGGGAGGUACUUGUUAAGUACGACUCAACGUCAGGUGCAAAGAGCAACGGUGACUGUUAUGGCCUCCCCAGACCAUGAAGAACAGCGUGGUCUUCCCCAAAAGACAGAGACUUUAAGUUCUUACGCCCUGGUUCUUUAUCCGAGCAACUGAUGGCCCAGGCAAAGGUCUAGCCUCCGUGGGGUCCGCGUCGCCAUGCUGCCAAGCCGGCAGUGGUUCUAUGGGCAAAGGCCAAUCCUGUUGCCUUUCAGCCCUCCAGAAAUCCUACUGUGGAGCAGAAGAACUCUGCUGCCGUGAAAAUACGCAAGAUUAGAAUACAUAAAAACUCCAUGUCGAGGACAGCGCAAUUCAGCCUGAGAUUCCGGGCAGACAGGCGGUUUCGUUGACUUGCCUGGGCCAUCCUUGGAAAGUAGAGAGAUGCCAGGGGUUGACAUCGGGGGUCUUUUGCAUGCAAAGCAUGUGCUCCCUCACUGAACUAUGAUCUCUCCCCGUUGGGGAAUUCUGUCCAUUGUCUGUAUAUUCAACCAACAGUAUGUUUGGCUUUUUCCUGGCUAACUUCUCUGUAGCAGUGCCAGCUGUGUUGUACAACACCUCUUGGGGGGGUCCAUUUCCGUUUUUCUACUCUGCUUUUUUAUAUUCGUAAUUAAAACGAUCUGUGAGCUGAAACGCCACAUCUGUAAGCAUAGCCAGAUGUUCAGAGCAGGACAAAUCACAUGCAUUAAAAGUCUUCCAUCAGGCCAAAGAUGUAUGUGUGUGUGUGUAUAUAUAUAUAUAUAUAUAUAUAUAUAUAUAUACCACAUAUUGUGCCCUGAAUUUAUAUGCAACAUGUGUUCUUGGAAGUUAAAAGGAGACAUCUAAUUAGAGAAAAAGAAAGGGGUUUCCUGUUAUGAGAAGGCUAGGAGGAACUUAAGCCACUUCUGCUUUUUAAAGAACUGGCUUUGAUUUUACCUUUCUCUCCUUCUCAGCUUGCAUUUUCGUUUGGCGAACAUUUACCAGCAUCAGUUGUCACCUUCUCAUGCGACUGGCAGCAAAUGGUUUUCUCAUUGUCCAAAGCUCUGCUGUUGUAUGAAUUAGCGUUCAUCCGAAGGGCAGAACUUAAUAGCAGAAAAGGGAGCUAAAGCAAAAAAAAAAAAAAAGACAAAAA